AUGUAUGGGGAGAGGAUUUUGGAAGGGUACAAAAUGGGAACUCGGAAAGUUUUCGAAAAGAUGGGAGGAACUGAGGGAGGAAAUACGUUGUUCCAUUGUACUGCAGGUAAAGAUCGUACAGUUGUUGUCGCCGCAUUGAUACUUGCUUUCUUUGGUGCCUCGGAGGAGGAAAUCGCGCUGGAUUAUGUAUUAACACGUAGUGGGACUGAAUCGCAUAGAGAAAGAUUGUUACAGGGGGUGUUGAAAUUGGUAGGAGAGAGAGGUUUGGAACAACCGGGACUAGAUGAUCUAUCUAGUGCAAAGGGGAAAAAUGUUAUCGCAUUUUUGAAUUGGAUGGAUGCGAAAUGA